AACGCGGGAAAUAUAACGCAACUGAUGUAAACAGUACAUUGUGACGUCAUAUUCAGCGUCGUAUUUUAGCAAAUUUACAAACAUAGCGUCUGAACCACAACAACAAACAUGGCGUUAAUGGUGGAGUGAUUAUAUAUGAUUAAGAAAAUAACAUUUACAUGCUUUUACGAAUUUUUGUAACAUCUCAGAACGACGUGAACUAGGGUAGACGAGAUUCAAAAUGGAGAAAUACAUGUCCACGCGAUAGUAUUCGAAUCGACGCCAUUAGUACCAAACUUUUCAAGUUCCAUAGAGGAAAGCACAAUUCGGAAGUUAGCGUGUAGAUUUCAACACUUUAUUACAUCCUCCUUGGAAAAUGACCAACCCGUUUUGGGGGCCGUACAUGUCUAACAGACAAUGGGGAACAGUUCGAGAGGACACUAGUGUGGACGGAAACAGUUGGGAGAGUUUUAGAUUUGAUGAUGCUGGGAAAAGUAGUUAUUCUAAUGGGGAAGAUGGAAUGUUUGGGUUCUGUACUUCUGAUGGCAAGUUAAUGACAAGACUUGGGUUGUGGAAUCACAAGGAUAGAAUAAUGAAAGAGAGGCUGUUCGGACUGAGUGGAAUCGAGGGUAACCAUGGUGAGGAUAUGAAGGAGCUUUUGUAUUAUCUGGAUGGAAUUCCGGAUCACUCUUAUAUGAAAGCUCUGUACAGAUAUCCCCAGAAUGAGUUCCCAUAUGAUGAGCUGCUACAAUUGAACAUGGAGAGAAAUCGAAGUGAACCCGAGUUUGAACUGACCGAUACAGGAAUAUUUGAUGAUAAUGAAUACUUUGAUGUGUUGGUGGAGUACGGGAAAGAUCCCAAAAAUGAGAGAAAUCUUGUAUGCUGCUACACAAUCACAAACCAUUCAGACCAACCUGCAGAUCUCACUGUUGUUCCUCAGUUCUUGUCAAUGGGGGAUUGCUUUUAUCAGGAUGAAAAAGCAGGCAAAAAAGUAUAUGUAAAAGUAUAUACUGGCCAGGAGGUAAAACGAAGGUUUCUCAUUAAUGUUGACUGUGACAGAGAUGUUGUCCAACGUCAGAUACUUCUUCAAUGGGAUAAGCAGUUUACAGAUAUCAUUUGCAAAGGACAAGAAGUUUCAAUUGGUGAAGACAAGUAUGGCUGUCAGAUGAUAAUGAAUAUCACACCUCGUCAAACUAAGCAGAUAUUUUGGUCCUUAUUUGAGGAAUCAAAGGAGCCUGCAUUGUCACCUAGGGAUAUUUUGGACAUCUGUAGAAAGAAUGCUGAGGAUUUUUACACCAAACUUUUACCUGGUGAUUUUUCACCUGAACAAAAACUGGUGGCACGACAAGCAUCAGCUGGUCUUCUGUGGAACAAACAGUUGUACUUUUACAAUGUUAACGAAUGGUGUAAAACACUGCAAGAUACUCUCUUGGGGCAAUAUAAUGGCAUCCUUCCAUCUUCUAGAGAGAAAGAAGACUUAAAAAUUUUGAUGGAGUCCCCAAGCUUUGAUUUAAUGCGCAAAAGAACAGACUACGGUUAUGUUAUGGAUCAUAAAUUCCAAAUAUUGAAACAGCAAUGGCUAGACAAAAGAAAAGACAACAAAACAGACUUGGAUAUUCUCUGGAGAAAGGAAGUCUGGAAUCACGUAAAUUGUCAUGAUGUUUUAGCUGUGCCAGAUAAGUGGGAGUUUCCUUGGUUUGCCACAUGGGAUACAGCUUUUCAGAUGUUGCCAUUUGCCAGAUUGGAUCCACAGUUUGCCAAACAUCAGCUUCUUCUGUUCCUGAGUGAGAGAUAUAUGAAGGCAGAUGGACAGAUGCCGGGCUGUGAGUGGGACAUGGACCUGCCAUUCCCCCCGGUGUAUGCGUGGGCAUGUUACCAUGUGUUUGCCAGGACAGGACAGACAGACAUUGAAUUUUUAGAUCAGUGCUUCCAGAAAUUGCAGUUGAACUUCCAGUGGUGGCUCAAAUCCAUGCAGAUCAAAAAGGAUAGAUACUUGUUCACGGGCGGGUUUCUAGGACUGGACAACAUCAGCAUUGUAGACAGGUCACUUCUCCUUCAGAGAGACAAACCACUGAAACAGGCGGAUGCCACAGGCUGGAUGGCAUUCUUUGCUCUCUCUAUGCUGGAAAUUGCAUUGGUAUUGUCUUCAGAACCAGGGGCAGACCACAAGUACUACAGGGCCUGUGCCAUCUACUUAGAGAGAUUCAUAUCCAUUUCAGAGGCUAUGAACAUUUCUAUUGAUAAUGGAGGCUUGUGGCAUCCCCACGAAAAGUUCUACUAUGAUGUAAUAGAGACAGCUUCAGGGGACAGAAUCCCCAUUGCUCUACGCUCUCUGGUGGGGAUUAUUCCGGCACUGGCCUGCCUCAACAUAAACAAGUCACAACUGGACAGCAAGUCAGGGAAGAUGGUGUCAAAAAAUCUGGAUACAUUAUUACAGAAGAAUUCACCCUUUGUGAGCAGAAAUGAGAAUGGGGACUACAUUCUGUGUGCAGUACCAAUGAAUAGACUGCAGCACAUACUGCGACACCUUACAGACGAGCAAGAAUUUCUUUCACCAUUUGGAAUAAGGUCUUUAUCAAAGGUUUAUGAAAUGGAUCCUUAUAUUCUAAAAGUCAAUGAAGAAUUGCAAGAAUGCCUAGGUUUGGAUGACAAGUUAGAAUUGAAGGUGACAUAUACCCCUGCUGAAUCUGACACAGCUAUGUUUGGUGGAAACAGUAACUGGAGAGGUCCUGUGUGGUUGUGCAUGAACUUCCUGAUAGCGGAGAUGUUAUUAAAGUUGGACAAGUUCUAUGGAGAGGCAAUCAUGAUGCACCCCCCUUUAUCCAGUACUGCUAGGAGCUUGAGUGAAAUGGCUGAGGAUAUUUGUAAAAGAAUAUCUAGUCUCUUCACUGUAAAUGAAAAAUCCAAGACCAGACCUUGUCAUGGAAAUUAUGAAAAGUAUAAAGUUGAGAAGCCUUGGCGGGACCUAGUUUUGUUCUACGAAUAUUUUGACAGCGAGACAGGUAGAGGAUGUGGGGCAAGUCAUCAGACUGGAUGGACAGCUUUGAUUGUGGAGUUUCUGCAUCUGAUCCAGCAUCAAGACUCCAAGACAAUGUCAGACAAAUUCAAGAGCUAUUGUUCCGCAUUCGACAAUGCAUCAGACUUCACCGCCGAUUGAUUUCAAUGAUGGAACCUCCCAAAAGUUUAUUAAAACUGACUCAAUAUUUUCAUUAAACUUGGUAUUUUAUUGCAUUAUGUAAAUCAUAAACAUAUUUACACAAUGUUGUAUUGCAUGAAAUAAAAAAUACAAUAUCUUAA